UUUGUUCAAAGAUGCGUUCUCUCUUUCUCUUUCUCUUUCCGUUGUAAUUCACAAGAAAGAAAGAGCGAUUUUCUCUCUCUCAUAAGAAGAAAACAAUGGCAGAUCAACUCUCCGACGAACAGAUCUCCGAGUUCAAGGAGGCCUUCAGCUUGUUCGACAAGGAUGGCGAUGGUUCGCAUCUCUCUCUCUCUCUUUUGUUUUUGUGCUGUAUCACAACCAAGGAGCUUGGAACUGUUAUGCGUUCAUUGGGGCAAAACCCUACUGAGGCUGAGCUCCAGGACAUGAUUAACGAAGUAGAUGCUGAUGGAAAUGGUACCAUUGACUUCCCUGAGUUUCUGAACCUCAUGGCUAGGAAGAUGAAGGACACUGAUUCUGAGGAGGAGCUGAAAGAGGCGUUCCGGGUUUUCGACAAGGAUCAGAAUGGUUUCAUUUCUGCUGCUGAGCUCCGCCAUGUGAUGACCAACCUUGGAGAGAAGCUCACUGAUGAAGAAGUUGAUGAGAUGAUUCGUGAGGCUGAUGUUGAUGGUGAUGGCCAAAUAAAUUACGAGGAAUUUGUUAAGGUGAUGAUGGCCAAGUGAUCACAUCAAGAAGGUAAAUGAAGAAAUGUUGAUUAAAAGGGAAAAAAAAAAACAAAAAAAAUUGGACUAGGUUGACUUGUAUAACAGUGCUCGUAGUCCUUGUCUUUGUUCUUACAUUUUUAUUUGAUGGUUUUAAA